GUUUAAAGAGUGCUUGACCUGGCGUUCGUUUGAAUUAUAUUUGUAUUUAAGUAUUUAUGAGUCACGACUAUUCUACCGUCAGAAAUAAAAGUAACAGUAAAAAUUCUAACCCGGAAGAUGAUGAGGACCCAGUUACGUCUAUGAUUGCUCGGACUGGGUGUUUGAAUGAGCACUAUGCUGUACUUGAAUGCAUGAGUGAGAAGAAAGACUGGCGACACUGUCAAGAUUUUGUUAAAGUAUUCAAGAAUUGUAUGAACAAACGUAACCGGUAAUACGAAAACAAAUGGACCCAGAUAAGGCUCGUGCUUUGCGCAUAUGUUCCCCUAUGAUUAUACAGUCCCUUGAGCCUGAUUCUAUUUUGGACCAUCUGUAUUCAAAAGGCUGGGUGUCUCUAAAUGAAGUUGAACUUGUAGGACUGGAAAAGACAAAUCAAAGCAAAUCGAGGAAAAUUCUUGAACUGAUACGCUCGCGUCCGACAAGUGCCUUUGAUGAUUUUCUGAUCGCUCUGGAUUCUGAAGGCUCAUUUUUGGCUGCAGAGAUACGAAAACAUAUUGCCCCCUCUCCGUUCAAAAAAAGGGAACAUAGCUUGUCCGACUUGAGAGAAUUGUUACUUGAGGGAGCAGUUCCAGACAAACCCUCUCGCUAUAUAAAUCGUCCAGACCUGGUAAAUAUUCUUUCAAACAAAUUACGAGCACUAGCUGAUCACUUCAGAGUAGAAGAAUUGCCGAUAAAUAAGCUAGCUGAAGUCGAUAUUACUCCAAAAUUUAAAACUUAUUCAAAAGGCACCGCUGAUUUUAAUCCACCUCCUACGAACGCUUGGUUGUUAAUUCAUGGUCCACCGGGGGCAGGAAAGUCAGUUCUAUCCGCUAGUGUUCUACGUCAAGAGUCAGCUCUUCUCAUGGACUGUUUUCCAGGAGGUGUUGUUUGGAUGCACGUUGGUCAACUUCGCACUAUUAAUUCAAACUGUGAUACCGUUUCAUUUACAAACCAAAAUAUUAUUCAAUUGAUCGAUCGACUAGAAUACAGAGUGAAUCAACUUAGUGAUCAUUCCUGUAAAGAUACAAUCCAGCAUACAACUGGAUCGCAUAAUUUCCCAGUCCCUUCUUCAUCAACGUUAGAUGGAAGUCUAGAAAGACUUAGAAAGGCUCUUAUUCGUCGACAACAACGUGUUUCCUGGGGUCCUGAUAAAAAUGGCAGUUUGAUUACUCUUUUGCUGCUUAUUGUACUUGAUGAUGUAUGGGAUGUUGAAGUUGGACGAGUGCUUUCCAACUUACCUGGUGCCUUUGUAGUUACUUCUCGAGAUUCAGAUGUUCUUGAAAGACUAGAGACUCCAGUGGAUAAGUUACAUUUACAUGAUGAUUUAUCAGAAGAUGAAAUUGCAAGCCUUUUGUCUAUGUGGACUGGAUAUUCCCCUGAAUUGUUUAUUCCCUCCAGUAAAUCUUCUCAAGGCAUAACAGAUUCCGAGAUUUUCCUGUCUACUUUAGGUCGAAUGACUCAUGGAUCACCGUUUGCUGUUAGCCUACUAGGCAGUCUAUUGUAUAAUCAAUUCCAUCGUCUUUCUGAUUUUAUUUUUAAUAACAAUGGGAGUGGACAUAAAUAUCUUGAUUGGGUAUCUAUUAAACGCCCAAGCGCUUAUGGUUAUGAUUCGGUAUAUCAGGCUUUCGAAAGAAGUUUAUCCUUACUUUCAACCGAAAAUCAAGCAUACUACCGUCGUUUGGUGAUAUUUGACCCAGGUAUCGUUUUAACUCCUAAAGUCUGCGGAAUUUUAUGGGCUGUACCUGUAGAAAAAGCUGAGGCAAUUCUUUCUGUAUAUACUCGUUAUUCUUUAGCUGCUAGGCAUUGGAUAUCCAAGGUGGGCAGUUGUGGCUAUACUGUACAUGGUCUACAAUUAGAUCUUUUGAAGUCAGCCAUCGGACCUGCUGAGCAAGCAAAUUACCACGGCAAAUUUAUUAAAAACUAUUCUACCUUCUGUGGUGGUCGGUGGUUGAAGCUUGUUUCAUCAUGGGAACACACCUAUUUCUGGAACUAUGCUACCGAACAUUUGUUUAAAGCCGGUCAGUUAGACAAACUAGUGGAUAUGUUAAUUAAUCUUGACUUUCUUCGUGGACGUUUGAAAAUUAUUGGUACAACACCGGUAAUAGCAGAUUUUCAACGUUAUCGUGCUGUUUUCGCCACAUUGAAUAGAAUGGCUGAAUGGCUGGCUUAUCUUCGUUUCAUCCAAACAAAUGCCUACUAUAUAAUUGAUCCAACAGUAGUACAAGAUUGUGAUCGGUCGAGAUCACCCUGUCAAGGAUCACGCAGAGGUUCUGUCGUUAACUUAGAUCUAUCUCCUCCAAACUUCAGACCUGAUUCCAGGUGUAUAAGCCCUGUGGAUUCACGACGUUGUUCUUUUUCACACAAAACAAAAACCAAUUCAAUGAAUGUAUUCAAUCGUUCUGAUUCUAUCUCUGCUACUAAUACUACUGCUACUCCUACCACCACUACUCCUACGGGACCUAAAGGCAUAGAUUUACUACAAUUGGGACUUGGUCUAUCUCAAGACAAUCCUGUGUUUCAACAAGCAAUUCAACUGUUAACUCAGCGUUAUCAAACUGCCUUGAAAAUGCGUCAAUCUUCUAAGGAAACAGCUAAAAGUCUGUCAAUUGUCAGAGCAUUUAAAUAUUAUUGGUUUUGGUGUAAUAGUCAUAUUGCUGCUUCACAACUGCUAUGGGCUAUUCCAACUGGAUCUCAAGGUGUUACUUGUUUAGCCGUAGAAUUACCUUAUUCCACUGGAACGGAAAAGUUAACAAACACUUCAAAAGUGGAAAAUUCUGAGGAUUCACGUGAUGGUUUAAAUUACUUAUAUUUGAAUACUCGUUAUCGAAAAAGAUAUCUAGCAUCGACUAGUGAUGGUCGAGUGCUUCUUUUGGAUGCCAACUCUGGAUAUGAAGUCGCAUUACAUCAAGUAUAUCCACCUGAUACGGAAGUGAAGUUCUUAAAUUUUUUAUCAAAUAAUACAGAAUGUCUAACUUGUGGAUCUAAUGGAAGUGUAGUAAUUUCUACACUUCCCGUUGCUGAAGAAAUUCCUGCUGAGGACUUUUAUCCACUUGAUGAAACAAUUUCUGAUGAGGAAGUUGAUAAACUACCAAAUGAUUAUUAUUUGCACCAUAGAGGAAGUUGUGACUUGGAUGCUAAGGGGAAUGAUGAUGACGAAAUCAGCAUCUAUGGGUUGACUGAUUCAAAGAAAAAUGGCCGUCAUCCGAUAGGUGAAGGCGUCAAUUUACACUUAGAUUCUGAUGAUUCUGAAAUAUCUGCAUCGGGAACAAUAAGACGUCAAAAACAUUCAGAUAUUUCUUCACCAGUAUAUGGUUCACCACCAUUUGAUGUUUUCAAACCAACUGUGCUGGCUGAAUUACCUCAACUUACUGAAAUCGCUCGAGUUGAUGGCGCACAAAAUAUCCCAUCAUGUAUCAUUUCUCAGCCCAAUGAAACUCUUGAUUCCACCUAUCAACUUCAGUGUAUAGCUGCUAAUCCCACUGUAGAUCUUUUGGUUAUGGCUGGUGAAGGUUGCCUUGACUCUGUAUCUCAUCGUGCGGAUGGUGUCAAUUCAACAGCAUGUUUAAAGAAAACCCCAAAGCUGCCAAGUGUUUAUCAUUUAAAACGUGGAGGUGGUGGAAAGUUGCGUCUUGAUUGUUCACGGGAGUUAAGACUUCCGCAUCUAUCGUCUGAGCAUUGGUAUUCACAGCUGUUGACUGAUUCUAAUCCUAAAGUGCAUAUCACUACUAUUUCACAAGAUGGAAAUCUUAUUGCUGUUUGUUUAUCUGAUGGUUUUAUCUGGGUGUACAAUCUAGAUGAAAUAUGCUGGACUUCGUGCAUAUCCACUAAAUUAGCUGGUGACUUUGUUACUAAAUUCUGGUCGCAAAGAUUUUCAGUUGAUAUCUUCGACGAUAAUUUGGAAUCUCAGUUAUGUGAUCCUGAAUUGUUAAUUCUUGGAGUUGGACCGGCUGCAUCAUGUGCAAUAUUUUUACCGCCUUUCAUAAAUACUGACAAUCCGAUUGAAACAGAUAAAGUACCUGUAUUUUUUGCUGCAUCUUUGUCUACUCAAGUGAUGGUUUGGUGUCUACCUGAUAAUGGAAAUCAGAUUUGUGAAUCAGAAAUUUUGGAAAAGAAAACGCUGGCUAGUAAUAGUUUACCUCGUUUGCAUUUAUCAUGUUCUUGCGCGUCAACAGUAUUAUCCAUGGAUGCACGUAUUAUUGAAGGGCAAUGCAUAUUAGCUGGUGGAACAGCUAGUGGAAGAGUUCUUAUUUGGCGUAUUCGCGAUGGCUUUAAGUUGGUAGAAUUGAGUGUGCAUGCUUCUUGGGUUACGGCUAUACGUUUACUUCCAGAUGAAUACAAUACCUCCGCCAGUGAUAUAUAUUUUGAUUAUAUUACAAACAGAAGAAAUUGUUUACCAAUAGGACUGCUUACUGCAUCUGUUGAUGGUGUUAUUAAACGUUGGGAUGUUGGUACAGCAUUUUUACCGCCUCCUAGUACACCAACUCCAACUGGUCCUGUUUGGCCUAUUAGUUCAGGUACUUCAUCUCAUAGGGAUUCACAUUCUUCUGCUAUACAAAAUCCAACUGCACUACAUGGACUUUGGACUGAAGUGUUUUCUGUUUGGUUUGGUGAAAAUGGUUCACUGUUAGUUGUUGGACGUCGUCGACAUUCUACUGACUUGCAGUUUUUAUUCCGGCCAAAACAGUUGAAUAACAAUGAUGAUGUAACAUGUUCAUUCCAAGAGAUUUCUAUUAAACCUAGUCACUCAUCUUACUGGAAUCCAUCAGUUCAAACUAAUGAAAGUGAACCUUUGGAAACUAAUUCCUCCGAGUCGAAAACUGUACAAAAAAGUCCACGAAGAAGUAAUCAUAGAUCAUGCUCGUCAUCAGAAAAUCCAAGAAAAUUAUUGCCAUCCAAGCACUGGAUACUGACUACAGGAUUACCAAGUUUACUUUUCGGUACAAUUACCGCUGUUUCAUUUUGGAAUGGUGGUAAUUGGAUGGCUGUUGGUUUUAGUUCAGGGAAUGUUAUAGUAUAUUCUCUACACUAUGAUGAUUCAAAAUUAUAUGGGAUAGUGAAACGUUAUCAUCUGUUGGCUUGUGAACCAGACAAAAAUCAAUCAAAUGGUGAAUUAAACAAACAACGUUCUUCUUCUUCUCCUUCUUUUGAACCUUCAGAUCAUAUUCUACAUCUUCAUACGUUUCCAUCUAAUGAGCACUUGGAGGCAAAUAUUGUCGAAAAUAAUAAAUUUCUUUUAGUUGUUGGCGUUUAUAAAAGUGGAUGCGUGAAGACAUGGUAUCUUUUCGAUGUAUGCCACACAAUUUCUGAUCCAAAUGUAUCAUGCGUUAAUGUUUAUCCAUCGGAAUGUUGGUCAAAACUUCACAAUAGUUCAGACUUUUCAAAUGGUACAGUGGUUAGUCAAAACGCGAAUACUAAUUUACAAUCGCAGCAUUUAAAUGAUUCUUCAAGUAACGACACUUCCAUCAUUACUUGGUCUACAUGUCGUUUGAUUGAACGCUGUCAACAUCCUUUAAUGUACGAUUAUCGGAAACAUGGUGCUCAACAAAAAUCUUUAUUCUCUAUUAAAGGAAAUCAGAUGUUAGUCUGGUUUACAGCUGGACGUGAUGGUCGGGUGUUUGGUCGUGAGUUGUGCCCUCCGAAUAAUGAAUUGGAAUCCCAUUCUAAGGAUACCUGUUGGCGAUUGGAUCUUGAUGCUCAUGUACCAAUGACUAUAACGGAUGCUGAUAUUGAAUCAAGUGGUCAGUGGCUUGUUACGGGGUCAACAGAUCAAACUGCAAAAGUAUGGUUUUUACCUUCAGGAAUAAUGGCUUUUGAUACAGGAAAACAUCCAAUGUGUGUCCGAUCUGUAGCCUUCCGACCGACGAUUAAUAAAUCGAUGAGUAAUUUAGAUGAAGAACAAAUUCUAGUUACAGGUGAUGAUGAAGGCACUUUGCGCGUUUGGCGAUUAACAACGCAAAUAUUAUGUAAUCAAGUAGGAUAUUACUAUAGUACUCUUCAAAGCGAAAAGAAUUUAUAUUCAGGGCGUGCUUUAAGCCCGGACGUGUAUCGAUUUAAUAAUUCAUUGGCUGUUAGUGGUGAUCAUGUACGGAGGUCUGCGGUUCGUAUUCCUAGUCCAGAUCCAUUACAAAAUUUUCCAACUCGUGGUGAUCAUCCUAGGGACAAUCGUUUUUUGCAUAAGCGACCUGAUUUCUAUUCCACAGCUGCUGGUUAUGGAUCAACAUGGUUACAUAAAUUGGCCUGGUCACCAGAUGGACGUUUAUUAGCUGGUCUCUCUGAUCGCAUAUGUGUUUGGCCUUUUGAAUCCACUCAUCAGCAGACUGACUCGUCAACUGGGGAUUCUGAUGAUUCUUCACCAGAGUUGACUUUUAGUCCUAUUAACUCUACAAGACGUGUCAGUGUCCCGCAUAAAGUGAUAAAUAUAAAUUUACCGAAAUUCGAUGUGCAACAGUGUCGAGUAUUAAGAGUUCUGUCUUCUGGUGCAUGCAGCGUAACUGGUAGAUCUCCACCUUUGAUGAUUAGUUCAAGUCGUCGAUUAGUAACUAAUCUUAGUGAUAAGAGUUAUGAUCCGCUUUCAUCAAUCGAUCUUCCGCCCACGGUGGUCACAGUCGAUUCAAAUACAGGAACAUUAUACAUAUUUGAUCCAGUCGGUUGUUUGCUUAAGUCUACUGUAUAGGGUGUUUUUUAUAAUGAAAAAUUGAUUGGGAAAAUCCUUUUUACUGUGAAUCUUUGAAAGUUCUUUCUAGUCUGUUACCUUUCGCUUUAUUCUCUUUUUACAUGUAAACGUAUACAGGUGAUAUUUUGUUUUGUUUGUUUGUCAAACCCUGUAAAUAACUCAUUUUCUUUUGUUACGACUAUUCUGUUUUUCCCCCUUUAGGAUCCAGCAAUCAUUUGUAUCUUUGUUUAUUUGCCUACUGCUCACGUAUUGAUUUGCGUGUGUGUGUGUGUUUCUUUUUAUACACGUAAAGUCGUUAGUUUUCUUAUUUCUAUUGUUGUUGUUGUUGUUGUUGUUUUGUAUAUGUGAGUGUUGUUUCUCAAAGAGAGUUUUUCAGAAUAUUCGAGAUAUUUGUUUAUUAGUUGACUUUCAAUUAGAAUAAUUUAUUUUUUCAAUAUGUGCCUUAACUAAAAAUACUACAGUAAACAAAAUAAUGACCAACACGGGAUUUAAAACUCCUCAUUUAAGUUGAUUUGGAGCUUCA